AUGACGUCACAGCCACCGCUCCGUGCAGUGCGGCGGGAAAAUAAACAACGUGUUAAACAGCUGGUGUGAAAUCAGAGUGUUUCUGCUGUUUACUGAGUGUUUUGGGUUUGUUUUGAGUGGAUUAAAGGCUAAGUCUGUACUGCAACACUGCAAACCUGCAGUUUUAGGACUGAGAUUUAAAAUUAUGAGCAAAUUAAGAUCUGCAGUGAGAAUUAAGACAGAAGCAGAGAAGAAAUCUGACAGGAAACUGAAGUCUGGAGUCAGAAAAGAGCCGUCCGAGUCGCCGUAUCACUGCUUUCACGAUGCGGCGGAGCUUGAGCUGUUUCGCUCUCGCCUGCUGUCCUGGUACGAUCAGACGAAGAGAGAGCUGCCCUGGCGUACGCUGGCCGUGACGGAGAAGGACGAUGACGUCAGGACGUACGGAGUUUGGGUGUCAGAGGUCAUGCUUCAGCAGACUCAAGUUGCCACGGUGAUCGAUUACUACAACCGAUGGAUGAAGAAAUGGCCGACGGUGCAGAAACUCGCAGCAGCUUCAUUAGAGGAGGUGAAUCAGAUGUGGUCGGGACUCGGAUAUUACUCGCGAGGACGGCGACUGCACGAAGGAGCUCAAAAGGUGGUACGUGAUCUCGGUGGUGAGAUGCCAAAAAGCGCUGAAAAACUUCUGAAGCAGCUUCCUGGAGUCGGACGAUACACAGCCGGAGCCGUGAGCUCCAUCGCACAGGGACAGGUGACAGGUGUGGUGGACGGAAACGUGACGCGUGUCCUGUGUCGGGUUCGAGCAAUCGGAGCGGACAGCAGCAGCGCUCAUGUCACUGACACACUGUGGAAGUUAGCUGACGCGCUGGUGGAUCCGGAGCGACCUGGCGACUUUAACCAGGCUCUGAUGGAGCUGGGGGCAACAGUGUGUACGCCGAAAACCCCUCAGUGUGCUCAGUGUCCCGUCCACACACACUGCCACGCCUACAGCAAGGUCCGAUUACAACAAGACAGAAGCUCCAAGAGACUUCUGGGUAAACUGGACUCCACACCAAACAGCUCCGUCCCUGAAAUAGAGAACUGCAUAAGCGCUGGCGGCUGUAACUUGUGUCUGUCGGAGGACUGGGACAGCGAGCUCGGGGUGCAGAAUUUUCCCCGUAAACCCGUGAAGAAGGCGCCUCGUGUGGAGCGGACGCUGGUCUGCGUGCUGCGGCGGCAGUGUGACGGCGACGGCGAGAUUCAGUACCUGCUCACACAGAGACCCAGUAAAGGGCUGCUGGCGGGAAUGUGGGAGUUACCCAGCAUGCUGUUGGAGGAGGGCGUGUCUGAGAAGAAGCACAGAGACCUGCUAAAGGCUGAGGUGCAAAGGAUUGUGGGAACUGCGACAGAGUCAUUUCAGUAUGUAGGAGAAGUGGUGCACAGCUUCUCCCACAUCCACCAAACGUACGUAGUUUACAGCACGAGUGUGUGUGAGUGUGUAGAGGGACAGAGAGAGCAGAAGAUCUGCUGGCUCAGCCAAUCAGCUCUGCAGGAGGCCGCCAUAUCCACCGGGGUUAAAAAGAUCAUGAAGCUUUAUUGCGAGUUCACAGGCAAACUGCAGGACACAGAGAAUAAGAAGCGAAAGCAAAUUCAUGAAGCUGGAAAAGACAAGAAGACCAAACGAGCAGGAAAUGCAGCUAACGGAGGCCCGAAGCAGCUCUCACUCAGCCAGUUCUUCACCACCUCAAAACCAAAGAGCAGCUAAAGCCUACAAUCUGACUCAUGAUUCGAUUCACAUCUCACAAUCCGACUCAUGAUUCGAUUCAGAUCUCACCAUCCGACUCAUGAUUCGAUUCACAUCUCACAAUCCGACUCAUGAUUCGAUUCACAUCUCACAAUCCGACUCAUGAUUCGAUUCACAUCUCACAAUCCGACUCAUGAUUCGAUUCAGAUCUCACCAUCCGACUCAUGAUUCGAUUCACAUCUCACCAUCCGACUCAUGAUUCGAUUCACAUCUCACAAUCCGACUCAUGAUUCGAUUCAGAUCUCACAAUCCGACUCAUGAUUCGAUUCAGAUCUCACAAUCCGACUCUUGAUUCGAUUCAGAUCUCACAAUCCGACUCAUGAUUCGAUUCAGAUCUCACCGUCCGACUCAUGAUUUGAUUCAGAUUCAGAGUGCCAUGAAACAAUUCUGAAUCGAUUUUAUUAUGCAUCUUGAUUCUUGAUAUUUCCAGUCUACAUUAUGCUAAUGUCCCACUAAAGUGACCACUUUGAAACAUACAUUUCUUUUAAUGAAUUUCUAUUAUCUUUUAACAUAUUUAUAUAUUUGUGGUUAAAGAACAGGCAACACCUCAACAAAAAUAAUUUGAUGGUGUUUUAUAAUUGAAAGUAAUAUGUUGAAAUUAAAAAUGUCUUAUGGAAUAUGAAAUGAUCUUACCUUCUGUUAGUUCAGUUUUCAUACUAAAAUAAAAUCCCACACUGUAUAAGCAUAUGUAAAUAAAAAUCUGAUAAAUCAUUCUAUAAAUACAUUUUAAAGAGAAAAUCGCGGUGCAUCUAAUAUCGAUUAUUUACUCCCCAAACCUGAAUUUCACAUUCUGUGGUCAAUAUUCCAAAUUAUAUAAUAACUAUAUAAAUGUAAAGAAUACUUUUAUAUGAACAUUUUUUUAAGAAUCAUUAAUCAAAGUAAUAAAAUAUUGCUUGCUUGUGAUGGUUGUGUCACAUUUCUCCUUUUAUCAUUGUUUUGUGUUUGACUUCUUUUAUUUUCUUUUAUAUCGAAGUUUAAGACUCUUAACCAUGUUUUAUAGGAUCUUAAAUAAAUAUGCUUUAUAAAUAAAUUACUAAAAGUUAAA